CCCUCAGUAAUGGAUUGGUGAAGGGAACUGUAGUAACACCAGACAGUACAGUCGGAAUUUGGACUUAUAUCAAGAUUCUCUGAAGGACAACAGCUCUUAAGCAUAGCCACUGCAACAUAAUGGGCCAAGACAAAGAACUUAUUGUCAGAAGCUUCCAUUUUGUUUGCAUUAUGACCGUAAUCAUUGGAACCAUAAGCCACUUCUCUGAUGAAAGUGAAUUUGCAAUAACCAUGUCAAAAAUAGGCCUUACUCAUAUUCCAAAAGACCUACCACCAAAAACCAAAGUCUUAGACAUAUCUCAAAACAACAUAUCUGAGCUUCAGAUCUCUGAUAUCAGCUUUCUGUCAGGGUUGAAAGUUUUGAGACUUUCCUAUAAUAGAAUCCAGUGGCUUGAUUUUAGUAUUUUCAAGUUCAACCAGGAUUUGGAAUAUUUGGAUUUAUCUCAUAAUCAGUUGCGAAAGAUAUCCUGCCAUCCUAUUGUGAGUUUCAAGCAUUUGGACCUCUCAUUCAAUGACUUUGAUGCCCUGCCCAUCUGUAAGGAAUUUGGCAAUUUGACACAACUGAAUUUCUUGGGAUUAAGUGCUAUGAAGUUACAACAAUUUGAUCUGCUGCCAAUCGCCCACUUGCAUCUAAGUUACCUCCUUCUGGAUUUAGGGAAUUACCAUGUAAAGGAGUCAGAAAGUCUUCAAAUUCUAAAUAUAAAAACACUUCACCUUGUUUUUCAUUCAAAUAGUUUAUUCUCUGUCCAAGUGAACAUAUCAGUUAAUACUUUAGGAUGCUUAAAACUGACUAAUAUUAAGUUGGAUGAUGAGAACUGUGAAGUUUUAAUUAAGUUUUUGUCAGAGCUCACUAGAGUUUCAACCUUACUGAAUUUUACCCUCAACCACAUGGAAACAACUUGGAAGUGCUUGGUUAGAGUCUUGCAGUUUCUUUGGCCCAGGCCUGUGGAAUAUCUCACAAUUUACAACUUAACAAUAGUUGAAAGCAUUGAUGAAGAAGAUUUUACUUAUUCUAAAACAGCAUUGAAAGCACUGACAAUAGAACAUGUCACAAACAAAGUGUUUCUUUUUCCGCAGACCGCAUUAUACACAGUGUUUUCUGAGAUGAACAUUAUGAUGUUAACCAUAUCAGAUACGCCUUUUAUACACAUGCUUUGCCCUCAGGCACCAAGCACAUUUAAAUUUUUGAACUUUACCCAGAAUGUUUUCACAGACAGUGUUUUUCAAAAUUGUUUCACAUUAGUUAGAUUGGAGACACUUAUCCUACAAAAGAAUGGAUUAAAAGACCUUUUCAGUGUAGGUCAGAUGACUAAGAACAUGCCAUCUUUGCAAAUACUAGAUGUUAGCUUCAAUUCUUUGGAAUCUGAUAGGUGUGAGGAAAAUUGCACUUGGGUUGAGAGUAUAGUGAUGUUAAAUUUGUCUUCAAAUAAACUUACUGACUGUGUUUUCAGAUGUUUACCUCCCAGGCUUGAGGUACUUGAUCUUCACAGUAACAGAAUAGAGAGCAUCCCUAAAGAUGUCACUCAUCUGGAAGCUUUGCAAGAACUCAAUGUUGCUUUCAAUUCUUUAAUUGACCUCCCUGGAUGUGACACCUUUAGCAGCCUUUCUGUACUGGUCAUUGACCACAAUUCCAUUUCCCAGCCAUCAGAUGAAUUCUUCCAGAGCUGCCAGAAGAUCAGGUCAAUAAAAGCGGGGAACAAUCCAUUCCAAUGUAUGUGUGAACUAAGAGAAUUUGUCAAAAAUGUAGGCCAAGUAUCAAGUGAAGUGGUAGAGGCCUGGCCUGAUUCUUAUAAGUGUGACUAUCCUGAAAGCUAUAAGGGAAUACCGCUAAAGGAUUUUCACAUGUCUGAAUUAUCCUGCAAUACAGCUCUGCUGAUGGUCACCACUGGGGCCAUCAUGCUGGUGGUGGCUGUUACUGUGACCUUCCUCUGCAUCUAUUUGGAUCUGCCCUGGUAUCUUAGGAUGGUGUUCCAGUGGACCCGGACCCGAUACAGGGCUAGGAACGUACCGUUAGAGGAACUCCAAAGAGCUCUCGAGUUCCAUGCCUUUAUUUCAUAUAGCGAACAUGAUGCUGCCUGGGUGAAGAAUGAAUUGGUACCUUGCCUAGAAAGAGAAGAUAUACGGAUUUGCCUCCAUGAGAGAAACUUUGUUCCUGGCAAGAGCAUUGUGGAAAAUAUCAUCAACUGCAUUGAGAAGAGUUACAAGUCUAUCUUUGUUUUGUCUCCCCACUUUGUCCAGAGUGAGUGGUGCCAUUAUGAACUCUACUUCGCCCACCACAAUCUCUUCCAUAAAGGAUCUAACAAUUUAAUCCUGAUCUUGCUAGAACCUAUUCCACAGAACAUGAUUCCCAGCAAGUAUCAUAAGCUGAAGUCUCUCAUGAUGCAACGGACUUAUUUGGAAUGGCCCAAGGAGAAAAGCAAGCAUGGACUUUUUUUGGCUAACAUUAGAGCUGCUUUUAAUGUGAAAUUAAUACUAGACACUGAAAAUGAUCAUGUGAAAAUUUAAAAAAUGUCAAGAAAUCCAUUAGCUUGCCCUCUGAUGAACACUAUGGUUCUAAGUCACUGUGUGGGGGUACCUAUAUUAUCCCCAUGUCUUCAGAAAAGACUUAAUAAAAACUGUGUUUCAACAGGGGAAUUAGGCUGGGGCAUGAGGUGGUGCUCAACCUCCCAAUGAAAUGCAGCUCAUUCCUUCUUUUCCAAAUUGAGGCAGUCUCUUUUGAGCAAAUUCUCACUCUUUAAAAGGUUCCUCUCUCUGGUCCUUUCCCAAAUGGAUUUUUUGUGAUCAGGAGAAAACAGUUAACAUUAGAAUUGUAUGCACUGGUCCUUGGCGUGUUCUGUGGCUCCUCAUUGGGCUCUGGGUGAGCUUUAUCAUUUGGUUCAACUUUAGGGCUUAGGAAAAAAAUUAGCUAUGGGAUAUAAAAAAGUAUUUUGUUUUA